ACCGGGAAGAGCGGCAGCGGCUGGGCGAGCCGGCGAGGCGAGGCUGGCGAGACAAGACAGUGCCAUGCUGCCUUUGUGCAAAGUUGGGCGGCGGGCGGCGCGCCGCGCGCAGGGGCCGCGCACACCCGCGACCGCGCGCAGCCGUGGCUGCUGCUGAGUGGCGGGGCCCCCCGCUUCCCCCCUGGCCCUUGAAGGCGGAGAGUGCUCGCGUCUCGCUCGGCUUCAGGGUAAGUCCAGCUGAGAGCAGGGUGUUCUCUUCUUCACUUCCAGCAAGCCAGAGUUUCAUAAAUGGACACUGACAUGGACUACGAAAGACCCAACGUGGAAACCAUCAAGUGUGUGGUGGUGGGAGACAAUGCCGUGGGGAAGACACGCCUGAUCUGUGCCAGAGCGUGUAAUACCACGCUCACGCAGUAUCAGCUGCUGGCCACCCACGUGCCUACCGUGUGGGCCAUUGACCAGUACCGUGUCUGCCAGGAGGUCUUGGAACGUUCCCGAGAUGUUGUUGAUGAAGUGAGCGUUUCUCUCAGGCUUUGGGAUACUUUUGGUGAUCAUCACAAGGACAGGCGAUUUGCAUAUGGCAGGUCUGAUGUUGUGGUCCUCUGUUUUUCAAUUGCUAAUCCCAAUUCCCUAAAUCAUGUGAAAACCAUGUGGUAUCAAGAAAUCAAGCAUUUUUGCCCUCGCACACCUGUUGUCCUUGUUGGCUGCCAGCUUGAUCUCCGCUAUGCCGAUCUGGAGGCUGUUAAUCGAGCCAGACGCCCAUUAGCCAGGCCCAUAAAGAGAGGGGAUAUUUUGCCCCCAGAAAAAGGUCGAGAGGUUGCAAAGGAACUUGGUAUACCAUACUAUGAAACCAGUGUAUUUGACCGGUUUGGAAUCAAGGAUGUAUUUGACAAUGCCAUUCGCGCAGCGCUGAUUUCCCGCCGGCACCUGCAGUUCUGGAAGUCCCACUUAAAAAAAGUCCAGAAACCUUUACUUCAGGCACCCUUCCUACCUCCCAAAGCCCCUCCACCAGUCAUCAAAAUCCCAGAGUGUCCUUCCAUGGGGACUAAUGAAGCUGCCUGUUUACUGGAUAAUCCACUGUGUGCUGACGUCCUGUUCAUCCUUCAGGACGAGGAGCACAUCUUUGCACAUCGAAUUUACCUUGCUACCUCUUCUUCCAAAUUUUACGAUCUUUUUUUAAUGGAAUGUGAAGAAUCCCCAAGUUGGGGUGAAGGAGUUUGUGAGAAAGAGAUGCAGAGCAGGCCUCUUCAGGGCCGGACGCUGAGUCUUGAUGCAGAUGAGGAAGGGGAAGAAGGUGCCCCGAGGAGGCCUCAGGCCGAUCAGGGGAUGUCUCCAAGCAAGAACCUGUUGGAGACUCCGGGGCUGGAAGCUGAGGGCUCCGUUACUGAGAUGCAGCCUUUGUCAGGCUGGAGCAAAGGGUUCAUUGGCAUGCACAAAGAAAUGCAGGUCAAUCCCAUUUCAAAGCGGGUGGGCCCCGUGACUGUGGUCAGGAUGGACUCAUCAGUCCAGCCAGGCCCUUUCCGGACCCUGCUCCAGUUUCUUUAUACAGGUCAACUGGAUGAGAAGGAAAAGGAUUUGGUGGGGCUGGCUCAGAUCGCAGAGGUCCUCGAGAUGUUUGAUUUGAGGAUGAUGGUGGAAAACAUCAUGAACAAGGAAGCCUUUAUGAACCAGGAGAUUACGAAAGCCUUUCAUGUCAGGAAAGCCAACCGGAUAAAAGAGUGCCUCAGCAAGGGGACAUUCUCAGAUGUGACCUUUACCUUGGAUGAUGGAGCCAUCAGUGCCCACAAGCCAUUGCUUAUCUGUAGCUGUGAGUGGAUGGCUGCCAUGUUUGGGGGUUCGUUUGUGGAAAGCGCCAACAGUGAGGUACAUCUCCCAAACAUAAACAAGAUGUCAAUGCAAGCUGUAUUGGAUUAUCUCUAUACCAAGCAAUUGUCACCUAACUUGGACCUGGAUCCGCUGGAACUAAUUGCCUUGGCAAACAGAUUCUGCCUGCCACACUUGGUUGCACUUGCAGAGCAGCAUGCUGUUCAGGAGCUGACCAAGGCCGCCAUGAGUGGCGUGGGCAUUGAUGGGGAAGUGCUCUCCUAUUUGGAAUUGGCCCAGUUUCACAAUGCCAACCAGUUGGCCGCCUGGUGUUUGCACCACAUCUGCACCAACUACAACAGUGUUUGUUCCAAGUUCCGCAAAGAAAUCAAAUCAAAAUCUGCAGACAAUCAGGAGUACUUUGAGCGGCACCGCUGGCCCCCUGUGUGGUACCUGAAGGAGGAAGACCACUACCAGCGUGUGAAAAGGGAACGAGAGAAGGAAGACAUUGCACUAAAUAAACAUCACUCAAGACGAAAGUGGUGCUUCUGGAAUUCAUCUCCGGCAGUUGCCUGAAGAGGAACAGAAAAAAACAAUCAGUAAUCUGAUACACCACUUUUAAAAGCACUACUGUAAAGUUAGUUGUCUUAUUAGAGAUGCGAUGUAGUUCAGGUUUCAGGCACUGACCUUCCUCCACUUUUGUGCAUUUAUCUUUGUUAGGAUCAAAGCACAAGCUCACCAUCAAUGAGCCUGGACAAAAAGGGAAGCUGACUCUCUCACUGCAUUCCUUAAACUGAUACGUAUAUAUCUAUUUUUUUUUUUUUUUGGAGGCUUAAUAAACUUUAGUCCGUUACUUUGUUUCUUUUUUAUACAAAGAAAAAAAAUCCAGCUUUCAUGUUUCAGAUUCCAAAUUGGAAAAUAUUUUUAUAUGGUCUCUUGUAUUUUGUUGAAACGAGAAUACUAUGUAUUACUUUAUUUUACAGGCCACAAAUUUGACCAUGAUGUCGCCCUGUGAGUCUCUUGGCCCAUAUGACUGCCAAGCAUUAUUACAUAAUUAAAGGGUUAUCCUUUUGCUGUGAAGUAAAGGGUUGGACUGAAGUCCCCCAAAGUGCAAGUUGAAAGUGCUUAAUUUUUGUUCUUCUGAAUAACAUCGGUAUAAUUACCAACUCGACUCCAAGAAUGUGUAUUUACAAUAUUUGCUGUGUAAGUGCUAGUAAUUAUAUGGUUAUAUGUGCCAUGUAAAAUAUAGUGAUAGCAAAUA